GAUCUCAAAGCGUGCUCGCUCACAUCUCACGCAUUUCGUCUCGCACUCGUGCCAUUCUCUUCCAGCAGGUAAAGCUGAGCGGCCGAUCGCAACUCAAUGCAUUCCAGAGAUUUCACGAAUUAUGUGUGACCUCUCUACAUAUUCCUUCACUUGUGCAGACUCUCUGCAUCCAUGGCUACCAUCGCGGCUCCACCCUCCAACGUCCAACGUCCAACGUCCGACACCGUUAACUCUAUCCUUCAAUUCAUGCAGAAUCUUAAGGUCAUUAAAUUCUACGACGUCACUAUCAGCGAUUUCUGCGACGGGUCGCUAGCACGGCUCUCGUCCCACUCUUUCUGUGAGAUACAUCUUUAUGAUGUCGUCUUCCACGGGAACGGGUUUGACCAGAUGUGCGCCGUCUUACAAGGAUCACCAGACUUGGAACGGCUUUUUGUACAUCAUACUGGCCCGAUGACAGCGUCGAUGUUUGGUGGUGAUGAAACUAGUCAACCGAGACUGGACCAUACGCACGUUACUCGUCGUGGCCCUCGUAUCCGGGACUUGAGCGUCGUGAGCAGACAUUCAUACAGUUGUCCUGCCUUUAUCGAAGCGAUCCUGGAGACGAAAAUCUGCCCACUGUCUGCUGAAAAGCUGCGGCGGUUUGCAUUUAGUCUUAGCAAAACCGUCGACUUCCAGCAUCUCGCUAGAAUCCUCAAACUGACGUCGGGCUCCCUUCGAGUUCUCUUGCUGACAUUCAACUGCCCAUCAGGCUCACGGGAUUCUCUUCCUUUGAGCAGUCUUCCAAUCGUCAGAAUUGGACAUUUGCGAAAGGUUGCUUUCAUGAUCACAUCCGGGCACGAUGGGCUUCAUUAUCUGUAAUGGUGGAUCCAAAGCCUGAGGAAAGUGAUACACCUCAAUCAAUCCCCUGCGUUGCGAACCAUGGACAUCGAA